UAUAUAUCUAAGCCCCUCCCAAACCCUUUUGUUCCCUUAUCACUCAACACUUCCUUCAUGCCCUCCCUCGUCAAUAAACAUCCAAACCAUUAGCACAUUUCCCCAGAUCAAGAAAAGAUGAGCUCCACUUGCGCUGAGCAACACAAGUUGCAGCCUUCUCACCCGCAGUUACCUUUCAAAGACAUUGAGAUUCCUCCAAGGAAACUCCUCCUUUCUCAUAAUCACUUUCAAGAAAACGCCACCAUGCAAAUUCCCUUCGAAGGCAGCCUUCAGAAAUAUCUCCCUUCCAACAGGAAUAACGCUGAAGAUGAAGACAAUGACGCUGAUCCCUAUGCUACUGACCAUUUCCGCAUGUAUGAAUUCAAGGUAAGAAGGUGCACCAGGAGCAGGAGCCACGAUUGGACUGAUUGUCCCUUUGCUCAUCCUAACGAGAAAGCCCGCCGCCGUGACCCCCUCCGCUUCCGUUACUCCUCCACCGUCUGCUCUGACUUCCGCCGAGGUGGUGGUUGCCCUCGUGGGGAUGACUGUGACUUCGCUCAUGGGGUAUUCGAGUGCUGGCUACACCCUACCCGCUACAGAACUGAAGCAUGCAAGGAUGGCAAAAAUUGCAAGCGCAAGAUUUGUUUUUUUGCUCACUCAUCUCGUGAGCUUCGUUUGUUGCCCGAUGGAUCUCCAAAGUACAAGAAUUCAGGUUCUUGCAGCUCUUCCCCAAUGAACAAGAAUAACCAUUGCUGUUUGUUUUGUCACUCUGUUACCUCUUCUCCUACGAGUACUCUGUUAGGUUUGUCUCAUUUGUCAAGGUCACCAUCUUUGUCACCGCCUUUGUCGCCUGUCAAGCAGCGAGCAUCUUUAAGUGGGUUUUCACCAAUUUCCAGAUACGGUGAUCGUUUGAGUAAGUUUGGAACUGAAAUGAUGAGUUACAAGGAUGCGCUUAACGAGCUGAUGAGUUCUUUGGAGACCAUGAAUUUCUGUGAAGUCUCUUCACCUAUGGCUGGUGGAAACAACCUGAACGAAAACAUCUCCUGGCUUGAUGCUUCCUUGAACGGGGAAGAUCAGCAACAGUUUGUUCUAUCUCCUUCCAGGCCAAGCCCUUCUGAGUCUGGAGAAUAUUUUGGCGCAACCAAACAAAUCGGAGGUUAUGAGAAUCUCAAUGGGAACGGCGUGGCUUGUGAUCCUGAUCCUGACCUUGGGUGGGUCAAUGAGCUGUUGAUGUAGAGAGAGGAUGACGAUGACGAUAACGGAAAUGGAAGGAGAAUUGCAAGUGUAAAUACAGUCAUGAAACAGCCGUACAUAUAUAUAUAUAUAUAUAUAUAUAAUCUUUCUCCAACGUAUAUAUAUGUGAUUCGGUUCAUAUUUGCUCAUCUGAUUAUUGUUUCAUGCUCUUGAUUGUCUUUUAAAUUCAGUAUUGUUUUAAGUU